GACACUCCUCUGUCUCAACCUCUCUAUAUAUACCGAAAUCAUCCAAUAAAACCUUCAUUGCCGCUCAUUAAGCCACGGGGACACGAUUACGAACAGUAGACUCGGAGACCAGCUCUCCUCCUCCGUCCGUCCGUUCGCGAAGCAGUCCACACUUUAUAAUAAUGUCACGCAUUUUCCCUAACCCUAAGCUCCUAUCCUCACUACUGAACCCCAAACGUACAAAACCCUAAAAAAUCUGACCAUUUUUAGGAUCAGUAUUUUGUUUGGAUUUGAUCGAGCAAACUUUUUCGUUAAUUACCUUGAUCGCCGCCAGUGACGAUGGAAACACGGCAUCUGAUUAAGCGGGCCAAAUACAAAACCACGGCAAAGGGCUCCGGGAUUCCUGGUGUACUGGAAAUGACCAAGAACAAGAUUGUGUUCAAGCCUAACGAUCCCACUUCAGUCACAAUGAUCAAUGUAGAUUUUAGAUCAAUAAAAGGUCAUAAAAACACCAAAGAGGGAUCAAGCAAUCCACCAUUGAUUAAUCUCAUCCUUGAUCAGGGUGGAAGUUACAUUUUUGAGUUUGAAAAUUUCUCGGAUCUUCAAGUUUGCCGAGAAUUUGUUGUAAAUUCUCUUGCAAAGUCCGGGGAGGGUUUGAUAGCCACUUCUGAUAGACCUGUGGUUGCUUCCCACGAUGAACAACUCAGUACAGCAGAGAUGGAGCUUCGAAUGAAGCUAUUGCAAGAGAAUAGUGAGUUGCAGAAACUUCAUAAGCAAUUUGUGCUUGGUAAUAUCUUGACGGAAUCUGAGUUCUGGGCUACAAGAAAGAAGUUGCUGGAUGGAGACAGCAGCCAAAAGUCAAAACAACAGAUUGGUUUUAAAAGUUCAAUGAUCCUAGACACACUGCCGUUGCACGAUGCUCGGACAAACAAGCUUACAUUCAACUUGACACAAGAGACCAAAUAUCAGAUUUUUGCUCUGAAACCAGCUGUUCAACAGGCAUUCCUUAAUCUCGUUCCUAAUAAGAUGACAGAAAAGGACUUCUGGACAAAAUAUUGUAGAGCUGAAUUACUUCAUUUUAAAAGAAAUGCCAUGGCAGCCGCAGCAGAGGCUGCUGAAGAUGAGGAUUUAUUCAUUUUCCUGAAGGAUGAUGACAUAUUGGCAAGUGAAGCUCGGCGGAAGAUUCGGCGAGUUGAUCCAACUCUAGACAUUGAGGCUGACCAAGGGGAUGAUUACAUGCAUCUGCCAGAUCAUGGGAUUUUUCGUGAUGGUAGCAAGGAAAUAACUGAAUCACAGCACGAGCUAUAUAGGAGAACUUUCUUGCAAGACUUGAACCGACAGGGUGAAGUUGUUCUUGAAGGAAGAACUAUAGAUGUAGAGUUGGACAAUCCAACAAAAGUAGCAGAAGCACUUGCGCAGUCAAGACAGGAAUCUGAUGCAACUGCAAAGGAGGAGAGACUUUAUAGGACCUCUCGGAUGACUGAGAUGGAGGACCUUCAGGCACCUCAUGAUCAUCCUUUUGCUCCACUUUUUAUCAAGGAUCCACGUGAUUACUUUGAUUCUCAACAAGCUAAUGCACUUAAAACUUAUGAUGAUACACGAGCUGGAACAGAACAACUGAGUUGUAGUCUGAAUACUGAGGAAGCAUAUGGCUUUUUGAGGAGUUCUAUAUCUGAGAUCAAGGCUAUGGGAUUGAGUGCUCAUAUGGUCAGACCUGAGGUUGCACUUACGGUCAUUAAUGGAUUGACCCAGAAUAUCUCAAGUACCAAGUAUCAACUGGGGAAGAAUGUUCACGAGAGUGUACUGGACAGGCUACCUAACACAACUAAAGAGGAACUGCUACAUGUGAGUGGGCCAUUGGAUAUCCAUUCAAGAAUUAUUGAGGCACUUUUGGUCUUCAUAUCCAAUCACUACGUCGUAUCUUUAUGCCAAGGUGAGCAGACUGAAGGAAGCCAUGUCAAAAAUUUAUCCGCAGCUCGAGGAAAUAAAGGAAUCGGUUCCCUCAGAGCUCCGCCAGCAGGUUUUCCUCCUUGUUCGUCCUAUGCAUCAGGCUCUAGAUGCUGCUUUCCAACAUUACGAGUCGGAUUUACAGAAGAGAACGGCAAAGGGUGGAGAGAAGCCUAAUGGAUAUGUCUAGGAGGAGUAUACGAACUACACGUAUACAGCUGAUACUAAUUACAUGUGUCAUGCUGCCAGGUGAUUUGAUGUAUCCAGCAGCAGUAUAAACUGUAACAUUACAUCAAAUUUGCUCUAAGCCGGUAGUGGGUGUGGGGAUUUGGGGGGCCAUUGAUGUGAAAGUGUUUUAUGGUAUAACUGCUGAUCUUAAAAGUGCAGAGAGUAGUGAACAAAUUGGAGUGGAACUUAAGGGGUCAGGUCACCAUUGAGAUCCGAAUGCGAAUCCUGUAUGCUUGUAGCAGUUAUAUCUAUUAUUAUUAUUCCCCACUCU